AUGCCAGAGAAGGAGCCGUCGAAGUUCCUGACGGCGACGCUUCUUCCGUACCAGCGAGAGGCACUGGCCUGGAUGGUUGGGCAGGAGGAAAGCGGCUACAGAGGCGGCAUUCUAGCGGAUGAAAUGGGCAUGGGCAAGACGAUCCAGGCCAUCUCCCUCAUGCUUGAAAAUGUCCGAGAGGAGGCCCCAUCGGCUAGCUGUAAGGCUGCAAAGGGCCGGAAAUCCUCCUCAUCUGUGCGCGGCGGGACGCUGGUUGUGUGUCCUCUCGUGGCCGUCAUGCAGUGGAAGAGCGAGAUCGAGCGGUUCGUCGAACCGGGUCACCUUUCCGUCUACAUUCACCACGGCAACAAGCGCUUGGAUUCCAUCGAGAAGAUUGCUUCGUACGACAUUGUGCUGACGACGUACUCGAUCAUUGAGAGCGAGAUUCGCAAGACGCUGGGCUGGUCGAAGGUCGCGUGCAAAUACUGCGGGAAGAAGUACCUGCCGGACAAGCUCAUAUCGCACAACAAGUACUUCUGCGGGCCUGAUGCGAAGAAGACAGCCCUGCAGGACAAGCAACAGAAGAAGAGACCCAAGAAGAAAGCCGCUGGAGAGACCAGCGAUGAGGAAGAAGACGAUGACGAUCUAAAGAAACCAGUGCAGAAGUCGAGAGGUCGGGCGACACCGCGCUCAAAGAAGGAGGUCGAGGAGAAGAAAACCGCUCCCCAGAAGGCGAAGGGCAAGUCACCGUUGCACCAGAUUGACUGGACGCGCAUCGUUCUGGACGAAGCUCACUAUAUUAAAGACCGGAACUGCAAUACGGCUUGCGGUGUCUUCGAGCUCAAGUCUACCUACAAAUGGUGCUUGUCAGGAACACCUUUGCAAAAUCGGAUCGGUGAAUUGUUCUCCCUCGUGCGGUUUCUCCAAGUGAAGAAGUACGCGUACUACCACUGCAACGUGUGCGAUUGCCAGAUGCUAGAUUACAACUUUCCCGAUAAAAAGUGUGCGCAGUGCACUCACAGCGCCAUCCAGCACUACUCCUACUUCAACAAGAAGGUGGUUAUCCCGAUUCAGGCAUACGGCUACGUUGCAGAAGGCAAGCUUGCAAUGCAAAGGCUGCAGAACGACGUUCUUCAGCACAUUUUGCUGCGCCGUACCAAAGAAGGCCGAGCAGACGAUAUUUCGCUCCCACCGAAGCUCGUGCGUAUUCGAAAGGAUCGCCUGGACGAGCGUGAAAACGAUUUCUACGAGGCGAUCUACACGCAGAGCCAAGCGCAGUUCAACACCUACGUGUCGUCGGGGACGCUGCUGAACAACUACGCCCACAUCUUUGACCUUCUUAUCCGUCUUCGCCAAGCCGUGGACCACCCGUACCUUGUCAUUUACUCCAAGUCCAACCCAGCCCUCCAACUCCCGAGUUCAGCUGCUCCAUUGGACGAGCGAGUGUGCACGAUCUGCCACGAAUACUUGGAAGAUGGGGUCACUGCAAAGUGUGGGCAUGAGUUCUGUCGGGAGUGCGUGAAAGAGUACAUCGAGUCGCUUCCGGCUGGAGGAGAGGCGACGUGCCCAACCUGUUCAAAGCCGCUGACGGUCGAUUUGUCCCCACCAGUAGAGACAGAUCUGGGGAACAUUGGCAACGAGGCGUCAAACUGCAGGUCACCGAAGGCUGUAAACUUGUCCAGCUUCCACCGGAAUAGUCUUCUUCACAGGAUCUCCGACAUCCACGCGUUCCAGUCCAGCACGAAGAUAGAAGCGCUGAUGCAGGAGCUCGAGCUCAUGCGUAUUCGCGAUCCGUCCGGGAAGGCCAUCAUCUUCUCGCAGUUCGUCAACAUGUUGGAUAUCAUCCAACACCGGCUGCAACUUGGCGGCAUCAAGUGCGUGAAGCUUUCCGGCAACAUGACGAUGGCCGUGCGAGACCGAACCAUCAAGUCCUUCCGCGAUGACCCGACAGUGACAGCGUUCCUGAUCAGUCUCAAGGCUGGCGGCGUCGCACUCAACCUGACAGUCGCCUCGCACAUUUUCCUGAUGGACCCGUGGUGGAACCCUGCGGCUGAAAACCAGGCGAUCGAUCGCACGCAUCGCCUCGGCCAGUUCAAGCCGAUCCAAGCCACGCGCUUCAUCAUUGCCGGCACCGUCGAGGAGCGCAUCCUGAAGCUCCAGGAGAAGAAGCGCCUGAUCUUCGAGGGGACUGUCGGCGCGAACGUGAGCGCCAUUUGUCGCCUGACGGAGGAAGACCUGCGGUUCCUCUUCGCGACGUGA